AUGGCGAGAGCGACAAAAAGAAAAAAUAAGGAUUCUGACAAGAAAUAUUAUGAACAAAACCGGGAGCGGAAAAUUGCACAGCUGUUACAAAGCCGUGGCAGCAGAAAAGCCCAACCACAAACGAGAAGCGACACAAGUGCAAAGAAAACGAAGAAAAAUCGAAGUGAAGGAGAAAUAGUUGAAGAACGGAGAGCCAAACUUAGAGAGCAAACAAGAGAAAGGGAAAAAGACAGAAGAUCUUGUCUUUGUCGUAAACACGUGGAAACUCAAAUUUUGUUUAAGGACUGCAUGAAAUACCGAAAGAGUAUAUGUACCAACAAUGCAAGUGCUCCACUCCAUUCCAGUUUAACAGAAUUAGUCAAUACUACCCUUUGCAAAAAGCCUGAAGGCCAGAUCUAUCACAAUUUGAAGUGUCUCACCAGAGAGUGUAAAGAGUGUGGAGUUAACAAAUUUGUGGUACUCCCAGAAGAAUUGAGUGAAUCCGUGCAAGACGAAGUCACGUGGAAGCACUACACCUAUGUAGGCACUAGUAAAUUCUCAUCCAAUGGACAAGAAAAGAAGAAAGUCACGCUUGUCAUAAAGAAAACACCACCGAAAGACUUAUUCCAGUAUUUCCAAGGUCUUCUACAAGAGUAUCCAUACCACUGUUUCAUGGCCAGAUGGCAAAGAGAACAAUUGGAAAAUCUAAUGGAACACCUUCCACUUAACGAGGUCAUUUGCAUUCACGACUAUUCUGAGGGAUACAGUUGCCGACAGCAGGACGAGCUGCAAAGCGAGUAUUUCGAUGUAAAUAAAGUAUCACUACAUAUCACCAUCCUAUAUCGACAUGCGACAGGAUCGAUAGAUGGGGAGCCAGUCAGCACUGAGGAUGACCCAAAGAUUGUAAAAGACCAUAUUUUUGUCUUGUCUGAUAAUAACACUCAAGACUAUAACGCAGUUCAUAGAGUCCAGGAACUGGUGAAGAAUUACCUAGUUGAACAGCUAAACAUGAAAGUUGACAAAAUACACGAGUUUACAGAUGGCUGUUCCUUGCAGUACAAAUCAAGGCACUGCAUUGGGGAUCUUUCUUGUUGCCUAGCAGAUUUUGGUUUUCAGAUUCAUCGAAACUUUUUCGAAACGUCACAUGCUAAAGGCGAACAAGAUGCAGCCGGAGCAAAUGUUAAACAGAAGGUGAGCCAGGCUGUGUUGAGAAAAACAGCGGUAAUAAGAAAUGCAAAAGAUAUGACAAAUUUCUUGACAGAGAAUUUCACCAAUCCAGCGGCAUCUACAUUUGUCUCCAGAUUGAAAGCUGUGGGGUUAUCUCGAAGAUUAUUUUUUUAUGUGCCAACAGAAGGUGACCAAGCUGUGCAAAGACAAAGACCAGACAGAAUGUUCAAGGAACUUAAAGGGAUCAGAAAGCUGCACUCCAUUAAAACCACGUCACGACAAGGAAGGGUUUUUGUGAGAAACUGUUCAUGUUACUGCUGCAGCUGUGUUGACAACAACGGAAAGGAGUGUGCCAACAAACAAUGGGUUGAUGAUUGGAGAGAAGUAAAAUUAGAGAGGGAGUCUUCAGCAGCAACAACCCGACAGGCUGCAAGUGAAACUGACACUGACUUCGAAGAGAGAGCUUUCAGAAUCGCUGAUCUUGCUACGAAGGGUAGCACUAUAGCAAUUGCUGCAGAAGAGGACCCCUACUAUGAUUUUUAUCUUGUCAAUGAGAUUAGUGAUGGUGUUGUUGAACUCGAAAGUGACUUAACCGACGAUUAUGGAUUUUUUUUUCCAAAGGGGUCUACUGGCCUGAAAGGCAACUUCUUUUUAAGAGAUAACUUAAUAGACAUGAAGUACAAACUCAAUACAAAGAAGACAGCAUUUCUGCUUUCUCAAACUGUCAGAUGUGUGUGUGGUGAGCUCAAGAAAAAGAAACAAAAUGUCUACAAACUUGCAAUUGAAAUACACGAGGAAAUCAUAGCCUCACUAUAA